AUGGCCUUUUGGGCUUCUGUCAGCACUAAAUCACCUCUAAAAAUAGCUCCCGUUUUGAAUCCCAAUCAGAAGCAAUUUCUCCAGGAUGAAUUGAGAUUUCGUGAAAAGUUGGACAUUUUGGCACGCAGUGAUGUGAAUAAUUUAACCGAUUAUUAUGUGCGCAAACAUGAGACCAUUGAUGAUCCGGAUUUGUUAGAUAAACAUGAUUCCUUUUAUCAUACUACCAAAAGUUUGCUGGUACUGUUUCAAAUAAUGGGUGUUAUGCCCAUUCAUCGUAAUCCGCCUAAAACGAAUUUACCACGGACGGGUUUUUCCUGGCAUUCGAAACAGGUUUUAUGGGCCAUUUUUAUCUAUUGCAUACAAACUACAGUGGUGGUGUUGGUUUUAAGGGAGAGAGUGAAUAAUUUUGUGGUAAAUUCGGAUAAACGGUUUGAUGAGGCCAUUUACAAUGUGAUUUUUAUCAGUUUGUUGUUCACCAAUUUUUUACUGCCUGUGGCAAGUUGGAGGCAUGGUCAUCAGGUGGCAAUAUUUAAAAAUAUGUGGACGAAUUAUCAAUUGAAGUUUUUGAUGGUCACUGGUACACCCAUAGUAUUUCCCAAUUUAUAUUCUCUGACCUGGGCCUUGUGUAUUUGUUCGUGGGCUUUAAGUAUUUUAAUAAAUUUGUCACAGUACUUUUUGCAGCCAGAUUUUGAAUUGUGGUAUACAUUUGCCUAUUAUCCUAUUAUAGCCAUGCUGAAUUGUUUCUGUAGUUUGUGGUAUAUAAAUUGCACUGCUUUCGGUACUGCUAGCAAGGCUUUGUUGAAUUCUUUGAAAACUACUUUGAGGGGUGAUAAGCCAGCAGAAAAAUUAACAGAAUAUCGACAUCUAUGGGUGGAUUUAAGUCACAUGAUGCAGCAGUUGGGACGCGCCUACUCCAACAUGUAUGGCAUGUAUUGUCUGGUUGUCUUUUUCACCACCAUCAUUGCCACUUACGGUUCGUUUAGUGAAAUUAUCGAUCAUGGAGCCACCUAUAAGGAAGUCGGCCUCUUUGUCAUAGUUUUCUACUGCAUGAGUCUUCUGUACAUCAUAUGUAAUGAGGCCCAUUAUGCAUCGCAAAAAGUGGGCCUAGAUUUUCAAACUCAAUUGCUGAAUGUCAACUUGACAGCUGUGGAUACAUCAACGCAAAAGGAAGUGGAAAUGUUUUUGGUGGCUAUAGCAAAGAAUCCGCCCAUAAUGAAUUUGGAUGGUUAUGCCAAUAUUAACAGGGAAUUGAUAACUUCGAAUGUUUCCUUUAUGGCCACUUAUCUGGUUGUCUUGCUGCAAUUUAAAAUCACUGAACAGCGCGGCAUUCGUUCAAAGCAAGCCAUGGAGGCCAUGUAG